GUGACAUCACGCGAUGUUUGUAGUGCUAUGGCGUACCAGGAAGGGGAGUCGCUUGAAUCUUGGCUCAAUAAAGCCACCCAUCCAACAAACAGGCAAGAGGACUGGGAGUACAUAAUCGGCUUCUGUGAUCAGAUCAACAAGGAAUUGGAAGGUCCCCAGAUAGCUGUAACUCUGCUCGUACACAAAAUCCACUCUCCGCAAGAAUGGGAAGCUCUUCAAGCUCUGACAGUACUGGAGGCAUGUAUGAAGAACUGUGGCAGACGGUUUCACAACGAAGUCGGAAAAUAUCGAUUUUUGAAUGAGCUGAUUAAAGUUGUUUCUCCAAAGUACUUGGGUGACAGUGCGCCUGAGAAGGUGAAAAGAAAGAUUGUUGAAAUGCUGUACAGCUGGACUGUCGCGUUUCCCAGUGAAACCAAGAUCGGUGAAGCCUACCAGACACUGAAGAGACAGGGCCUCGUGACACAUGACCCGGAGUUACCGCUGGACAGGACUCUGAUUCCUUCUCCUCCAACGCGACCUAAACAUCCGGUGUUUGACAAUGAGGACAUGGGAAAGCUGCUUGCUGAGCUUCUCCGGAGUAAAAACCCCGAAGAUCUUCAGGAAGCCAACAGAUUAAUCAAAAACAUGGUGAAAGAGGAUGAGGCGCGAGUGCAGAAGGUUACAAAGCGAAUGCACACACUGGAGGAGGUGAACAUCAACGUCAAGUUGCUGACUGAGAUGCUGUCCCACUACAAUAAAGACAUUUCCACUGACUCAGACAAGGAGAUCAUUAAGGAGCUCUACGAGCGCUGUGACAAGCUGAGGCGAGCCGCUUUCAAAAUGGCCACUGAGACAGAGGACAAUGACACCAGUUUAGGUGACAUCCUCCAGGCCAGCGACGACCUGUCCAAAGUCAUCAGCUCCUAUAAGAAGAUUGUUGAGGGGCAGCCAAUCAACGGCGACAGCGAAGAACCUCAAUCUACAGCUGGUCACAGCGAGAGCGAAAUCACAGAUACACUGAUUGACCUCGCCGGCCUUGAUGUUCCGAGCCCUCCGCAGCCUGCUGCCCCUCCGUCCCACUCCUCACAGCCCAUCUCUACUGAUCUCACAGUGACCCCGAUCCCUAUCCUGCCGCCUCCUCCCAAACGCCUCACCGGCAGCCAGAGCAGCAGCCCGAGUCAUCCCCCCGCCGACCAGGCCUCUACUGCACUCUCUCUCCUGGAUGAUGAGCUACUGUCUCUUGGACUAAAUGACCCCCCUACCUCUCAGAGCAGCCAAUCAAAACCUAAGCUUGAUGAAAUCGCCGAUCAGUGGGAUUCCUUGCAGGCCCCAGCAGCAAGCAUGGGUAUGUUUGGCAGUAUAGCUUGUUCAGGUCCAGUGGUGCCGCCAGCUGAAUCAGCCACCACCUGCAGUCUACAGAACCUGCAGGACCUGGCCAUGAUGGGCUUUUCAGAUCACAAGAGUUUGUCCAACCAGAAGAUGGCCAGAGGAAACAGCUUUGGAGUUCCUGCAGCAGGACCGCCUCUCAUUCCUGUGCAGGGUUCUCCCUCUUCGGCAUCUCUUCUCCAGGGAACCAUGCCUGGCUCUCCUGCCUUGUCCCAUAUGAAGGCCCAUAGCCUCGACUCGGCCCCAGGAAGUCCGCUGUUCCGCUCUCUGUCCCCUUGCCACCCUCCACUCCAGGGCAGCCCGGUUAGAGCCAAUGAAAUCUCCCUGAGCAAUGUGCACGUUCCUCUGGAAGCCAUCAGACCAAGUAAAGUCUUACCCGUGACUGCAUAUGAUAAGGACGGUGUUCGUGUGCUGCUCAAUUUUGCUUCUGAUUGUCCCCCCGGGAGGCCUGAUGUGUUGGUAAUGGUGGUGUCAAUGCUUAAUACAGCACCCCUGCCUGUUCAUAGUGUGGUCCUACAAGCUGCUGUUCCCAAGUCAAUGAAGGUGAAGUUGCAGCCCCCAUCAGGAACAGAACUGGCACCCUUUAACCCCAUUCUACCUCCAGCCUCCAUCACUCAGAUCAUGCUGCUGGCCAACCCAGCAAAGGAUAAGGUGCGCCUGCGUUACAAGAUGGCUUUCACUCUCGGAGACCGUCCAUGCAAUGAGGUUGGAGAAGUCGACCAGUUCCCCCCGCCAGAGAUGUGGGGUCAUCUAUAGCAGUGUGCAGGCUGGCUACUCAGCAGGGACAGGCUGGUUCAUACUCCAUGAAGGGGUGUGAGUGCGUGUGUGUGUUCAUAUCCAUCCCAGAGAGAUGGAAAAGGAAGGUUGUUAAUUUCAGUUGCACUCUUCAGCUUUACAUUCCUUUCAGUGGGUCACGUUUUGGAUGUUAUUAUUACUGAGAUGUUAAAAGCAAACACUAAAGGUUUUAUUGAUACAGUGCUUGCACAUUACUGCAGAUAGCUAACAAAGCAAAGAUAGAUACUAGUAAGUAAGGCAACCUUGGUGCUUACAGGCUUUGACAGAUAUUUUAAUGCAUUUUCCCGAAGAGGAAAUAGUUUGAAAGUACAAUGAAUUAUGCAUUAGAGACUGAGAUGUUGGGUUUAUCGCAACAAAUAUUUUAAAAGAAACUAACCUUGAAGUUAGCAGAGCCUGAGCUGGCAGAUGUGCUUCUAUUUAUUCAUGUGGUUGAACAUUUAUACUUGAAUAUAUCCUGAGAGUUGAAGAUUAACUUGAUAUGAAGGAUUCAGUUACAUACGAUCGCUGCAGAAAGAUAGAGAGAUGAAUAUUUAGGAUUAUUUUAUCCAACAGGAUUUUGGGUAUGUGUGAUUAAAUUGUGUUGCUAAUAUCGCCCUGUGCUAGAUUAGCUGCUAUGAAGGAAAGGUAGAGCACUUAGAUGGUAAUAUGGAAUUGCAGAAUUGCCGUUAUGAGUCCAACACUGUUUUUUUUUUUUUUGUUUUUUUUUCAUGUUUUCUUUUGAAGGUAAAUGAUUCUCAGUUAGUCGGUAUCUAUAGUUUUGUUCUGUAUUAAAAAAUUGUUUACUCCCCUCCUACCAGGCUCAAUACUGGGAGUAUUUCUGUCAUAAUUAUUAUUGUCUGUUCAUAGUAUGUCAGUGGAUCGCUCAACCCAAAAAAUGUGAACUGAACCAACCUGAAUCUAAAUCUGUCACUAAGCAGAUUGCUUUCCAGUGUGCAGCAGUGGGAUGGAGUGAAGCUGUGUUUUCAUACGUCUGUGGGCUCAACCCUCCCCAACACUGGAUUCCAGAACUAUUCAGACCCCUUUCACUUUCUCCACACUGAAGAUGUGGAUACAAUUGAUAUUUUUGUUCACGGAUCCUCACUGAGAUCCUCUGAUGCCUCAUUAAACUGGAUAGGGAGCAUCUGUGAGCCGUCAUCUUCACAUCUCUCGACAGAUCUGUGGGCUUUAAAGCUUGGCUUUGGCUACAACGCACAAAAACAAUCAUUGUUUUUGGCUUUGUGUCGCUGUUUUAUGUAAGCUUGUUUCCAUCACUGAAAGGAAGAAAAGCAUUUUUGCCAUUCAUAAGUCAAAAUUCCAACUUGACGACUCAAACUUCUGAGAAAGUUACUCAAAAUUGAGAAAAUAUCUUUAAAUUUUGAGUUAUCUCAAAUUUUUUCAGUGUCAGAAACAAGUUUCCAUAGUAUUUGGAUGCAUUCAUCCUUUCAGGCCUGCUUCUCAAAGAAAGGUCACGCUUGGAUUCUUUUCCCAACCAGACCGGAGUACCCCUUUCCUCUCCCUCUGGACACUGUAAAUGCCAUUUGGCAACUACAAGCAGGCUGUCAAAUGCUGAUAGUGAAGUGUGGCAUCCAAGCUGCUGCUCUGACAUGCUUGAUUAAAAGCUACUGAGAUGGUUGUCCUUAUGGCAGGUUCACUAAUCUAGGCUGAGGAAAAUCCAAGCUUGUUAGUGGCCUUUGGCUUCACAGCCACCUCCCUGACUGAAGCCCAAAUGUUGGACAACUAACUCUACAAAACAGAAUCAAUGUCGUUUCACUGUUUUUCUUCUUUUUCACAAUAACUGGGACGUCUCAAAGCUUUAAACAGUUAACAGUUUCAUCAGACUUCCUCUUUAUUUUUGGUUCUGCUGUGCAGCAUGACUUGUGGGACCUUACAUAAACGCCAACACAGGUACACACCUGUCUAAACAAUGUCUGAUUCAUUUACUUUGCCACAGGUGGACUUUAGACACGUCUCAACAGUAAUUGAAGCAAACAGGACCAAACAAACCACAAUUUGAAGCACCACACCAAAGGCACCAAAUGCUUUCUGAGACUUUAUGAUUGCAAACACAUUUUGUUUAAAAUAAACUCAAUGGAACAUAAAGGGGGUCCUAACACUUUGAAUUCACUGCAUUCCAUCUCUGAUAGUCCUCUGCUCAUCAUACUGGAUGUACAGAAGUGUGUUUACUGUACAUACUAUGUAAUGUAAUAAUGUACCUGCUGUUUGGUGUAUGACAAGUUCUGUGAAAAUGUCACAUGUAGAUUUUGGGAGAGUGUUAGGACUGUAUAUGAGGUAUGAUGUGUCAUUUAUUUAC